UUUACUUUUCUUUUUACUUUGCUGUAAUACCAUGGCUCCCCCACAGUCCAGUAAACUUCGUAUUCUCUGCUUACACGGAUGGAUGCAGAAUACAGAAGUGAUGACCAGGAACAUGGGCGCUAUCAUCAACCGCUUCAAGGAUUCCAUUGAAUUUGUCAUCCCCAAUGGAACUUUUGAGUUGCCUACCUCCAUGAGACCCGGAAGACCUACCAAUACCCCACUGGCAGCUUGGAUGAUUCCAAAGAGAUCCGAUGGCGGCGACUUGGUGGAACUAGAAGGAUUCUCAGAGACAAUGGAAUUUUUGGUUCAAUUUUUAAGCGAUCAAGGACCGUUCGACGGCAUUCUUGGAUUUUCGCAAGGAGCUGGGUUGUCGGUGAUCUUAAUGUCUAUCCUCAGUCACGAUGAUUGGCGAGAACGAUACCAUGUUCCCGACCAUGUCCAACCCUUUCGACUAGGCGUCAUUCUGUCUGGAUUCAUGCUCUACACACCUUCCUAUGCCGAGUUUUACCAGCAAGGCAAGAUCACUACCCCAACCUUGCACGUGUACAGCAGACAAGAUGACAUUAUUUCCAUCGACCGAUCCCUUCAACUUAUUGAUACCAUGUUUACCGAUGCUGUCCAUGCCUCCCACGACCUAGGACACCGCGUUGUCGCUACCCCGCAACUGAUCAAAGAUUAUGAGCGGUUCUUCAAUCGUUUCGUGUACAUCCAACCUACCUCCACUUUAUAAGGCACACGGAUCGACUGUAAACCGGACCAUGUACUUUUAUCAUAGAAGAGGUCCAUCCUAUAUUUAAUGUAAUUUAGAACCCGUGACGUCUUUCAUUUUCCCCAUAACGUUGCAUGCUUCAAACAGCGGGAGAUUAAACAAUGCAAC